ACGACACAGAGAGGGACAGUCGUCAUGUGUCUAUAGAAACGGAAGUUGCAUGAAUGGUUUAGUCAGAGAAUUUCCCAGACAGAGGGGGUUUGCUGACUUUGUGGCCUAGCACUGUGGGCAACAUUAGAUCAAACGGAACUACACAGGAGUUUACAUUUAUUCAUCAUGAGUCCCUCAAUGUCAGAGUGUCAAUAACAGUCAGGUUGCCUCUUCACAUGGUGUCAAAAGACACAGAAUUCACUGGAUGGGCUGCACUCUUGGGCUGUUCACUGUUUCUAGGACAGUUUAUUUCUCUUCCAUUCAGUAUCACCCCUGUGCUUCCUUCUUGCAAUGGGCAACUACAGUUCGGCUCUUACUGCUGAUAUUGAAGACUUUAAAGCCAUCAUAUCGUCUGGAAGCCCAUCUGCCAGGAGACGUGGCACCAUUCGCAGGUCCCAAUCAGAGAUCCUCCUAUCAUCCUCUCAGUCCCCACUCUCUGAAUCGUUCCCACCUGUAAUGUCCUGUGAUGAGUCACAGAAACCUGAGCCAGAGGAGACUAAUGGACCGGACCUGCUGGCUCUCAAGUUCCUCAAUGUGGUGGAUGCCCCAGUGGCUCAUGCCAGCGCCAGUCCUCCCUCGACGCCCGCCUCUCCGACGCCCUCUUCAGUGGGCAUUCGAUACCAGGGCAGCAGGUAGAGGCAGCGCCAGUGUUGCCCCCUCUCCCCCCUCCUCGCCUGCGUCCCUGUUCUCCGGGGCACUCUCUGCCGUCCUGCACCACCCGGGGGCGUCUCUGAGGGUCACCCCCACUGGAUCCCCGGUUCUGGAUCAGCUCAAGCUGCAGCUCAGAGAGAUGAGAGAUGACCUGGAGCUGCUCAAGAGCCAGCACAAGAAAGAGGUGAAAUUGUUGAUGAGUGAGCUGGAUGAGGAGAAGAAGAUUCGCCUGUCUCUGCAGGUGGAGGUUGACAGGAUCAAGAAGCAACUGUCUAAAUCUUCAUGACAACCUGACAAUGGCACCGUUUGAAAAGGUCCUUCUUGCACGGGAAGGACCCCAUGAUGUUUUCCACUGAGGUCAAGGGAAUAGUUAUGAAAGGACAUACAGUAGGUUGUCAUUUCUUUAACUUAUUUGAGCACUGCUGUCCUACAAGGCAGUCAGCGAGCAUCUGAUCAUGCCCUGUUGAUCAGCGAUGCAGUAAAGUCCUGAGUGAGACCUCACAACAGGCUUAGCUUAGGAGCAAGUCCCUGACAUUCUAAUCGGCUGUUAUGGAAACACGAGUGGAAGCAAGGCUACUUUUAAAGACUCAAAGACCCACAAGCCUUUGCACAUUUACCAUACAAGGAAGCGUUAUUUUCAGGUGGAGCAUGAAGGACUGCUAUGUCUUCCAGAAAAGAGAUAUUGAGUGUAAGUAUUGACUAUAGUCGAGUGUAGUAGUAGUAGACAGUCAGUCAGUCCAUUUACUAUAAUUUUCUCUGCUUAACUAACUUGGCACAUCUGUGCUACAUCUUCUCUUAAUACAUAUAGCCUAUGUUAAGAACUCCUAUUCAGUGAGCAGGUUUACUGUACAGUUUUGUGUAGAACAUGUAAAUGUCUUAUUUUGCAUAAAUUACAAAUGAACUCAGAUGUUGUGAAAGAAGUUAUAU